AUGAAGAGCCCCCUUGGACUGAGACAGCAGCAGAACGAGAGCAUCGAUGGCAGCAGCAGCGAUGCCACGGGGCCCCCCAACGAGGAGAAGUGCCCGUCGCUAGCUGCUGCUCUCAACUGUCUCCAUAUUGUCCUCCGCACUCACCCCCACCUGCGGCACUUGCAUGCAGCAGCAGCAGCAGCUGCUGCUGCUGCUGCUGCUGCUCCUUCUGCUGCUCCUCCUCCUGGAGGAGAGGCUCCGACGGAUGUCAAGCCGCCCUUACCCGCACCCGCACCAGCAGCAGCAGCAGCAGCAGCAGCAGGGGAUGCACCCGCAGCAGCAGCAGCAACUGCAGCAGCAGCAGCAGACGUAGGUACAUCAUUGUUACCUUAUGAAGAGCCCCCUUGGACUGAGACAGCAGCAGAACGAGAGCAUCGAUGGCAGCAGCAGGAUCUGCUGCUGCAGCAUUUUAUAAUACCCCCCCUAGAGAAACCUAUUGAGCUGCCGUGGGGCCUCGCGGAGGCCCCCCUGAUGCCGGCGUGGAGGCUGCAGCGCAGCAGCAAGGCGCAGCAGCUGCAGCUGCUGUCUCUUCUCAAUACCCAAGCAGCAGAUGUAUUGGUGGCCCCUCUGCAUGCACUCGAUUUACUUUUCUGCAAGCUUAUAGCCUGGAGGGAGGGGGCCCCCCCGGGGGGCGCCCAGGGGGGCCCCCCGGGGGCCCCCUUCUCAGAACAUCAAGCAGAAGAUAUAAGAAGACAACGCAUGCAUAACAUCCGCUGCAUCCUCAAGGCUUACCUUGCAGCAGCAAGAAUGCUGAAGUGGGAGGAUAGGGCGAGGGGCCCCCUGGCUGAUGCUGGAGACGAAGCAGCAGCAAACAGUAUAGGUGUAGAUGUAAAAACAGAGAAAGAAGGGGGCCCCGUGUGUAUAUCAUCAUCCUGUAGCAAUACAGAUAUAAAUACAAUUGCUGCUGCUGUUUCAAAGAUGUCUCCGCUCUGUCUGGCCCCCGUGUCUCCUCUCUCCUCCUCUUCCUCUGCAUGCGAGAUGGUGGGGGAGCUCACGCUGGGGUCGGUGGCCAGGGCGAGGGGCCCCCUGGCUGAUGCUGGAGACGAAGCAGCAGCAAACAGUAUAGGUGUAGAUGUAAAGACAGAGAAAGAAGGGGGCCCCGUGUCUCUGGCCGUCAGCAGCUUAGCAGCAGCAAACUGCAGCAACAAGCAGCAGCAGCAGCAGCAGCAGCAGCAGCAGCAGCAGGUUUCAGGGUCUGCUGCUCUGUCAACGUCUGCACCCGAACUUGUAGAGAUCGUUGAUGCAGAAGCAGAAACAAGCAGUGUGAGCUCCAUUGCAGUUGAUGAUGUGAGCAGCGAGAAGGAGGCCGAGGCAUGUUGCGCUGUCGAUACACCUGACGAAGAUAAAGAUAUAAUGGAUAUGUUGGAGAAAUAUAAUACUUUAGGAGUUAUGUCUUUCGCUUCCGUUUCAACAAUUCUUCACAGUGGAGAUGAACUACGACAGGCGUUGCUGCAGCGUGCAGCAGAGAAGCAGCAGAAGAUAACAGGCAGAAGCAAAGGAGUAAGAGGAGGAAGAAACAAAGGAACAUCGAUAGACCCACAAGCGAAGCUUGAUGCUAUUCUAUCAAUCCUUGAGUGUAACGCCUCCUAG